UUUAACCAUCUUUGGUCGGAUGCUAAAGUUGCUCUGCUACGUUCUGCUUUGCUAUUGUGCUGGUGGUAGAACAACACAAAACUCAAUGAAAUAAUAACAAACGCCGCCGGUGUUAAUGUUGGUUGGUAUUGUUGUAAUCAUUUGCUAAGGACCAAAGGACGACAAUGAUGAUGAAGAAAAAAAUUUUAAAACGAAACGACAUGAACUAAAAACAAGCAGCAGUAACAAAGUGUGUGUAAAUAAUUUUGUGGUUUUGCACUAAAUAAUUAAUGAAACAACAUAAAAAUAAUUAAUAAAAAAAGUAAAAGUGUUUAAGUGAAAUUUAUAAAUAAAUAAUAAAUUAAUAAAAAAACAAAAGCGAAUAUUUAAACAAAAAUCAAAUCAAAAGUGAUCAAUAGACCGUGAUAAAGUGAAAUUGAUAGAUUAAUGAAUUAAUUUUUUAAACAAAAAAAGACUAGAACACAAAGAUGGAUCAUCCUAAUCUUCCCUUUGGUUUUGCCCUACCAGGACACACACAUCCACCCAUACCACCAACAGCAAAUAUGUUAGGACCCCACCCUAGUGGUCAUCCUGGGCCAACAUCUAGUCCACCACAAAGUGUGCCUGGUAGAAGAACACCUCUAGGUUCUGUUGGCCUAGGAGGUUUCUAUGCUCAAGGUUUGGGUAUGUUACCGCCCGGAGAUGAAAAUAAACCAGAUUCGGGUGUGGGAACAGCAAUGGAUAAAUCAAGUCCUAAUCUAAUGUUAGCACCAUCAACAAGUAGUAGUGGAAUAGGAACUUCAACAGCUGGAGGGCUAAUAGCUUCUGGUAGUGGAGGAGGUGGAAGUAGUUCGGGUUCGGCAGGAGGUGGAGGAGGUAAACAGAAGAAUAGACAAGGCAAAACUGUGAGAUUAAAUAUAAAUGCAAGAGAACGUCGUCGCAUGCACGAUUUAAACGAUGCCUUAGACGAACUGCGCAAUGUGAUACCGUAUGCUCAUUCUCCUUCUGUGCGUAAACUUUCCAAAAUUGCUACCCUAUUGUUGGCUAAAAAUUAUAUACUUAUGCAACAGAAUGCCAUAGAGGAAUUAAGAAGACUUUUAGCUUAUAUACAAAGCACCACUGGAGCCGCUCCCUUGGAUUUGGCUUCAUUUCCUGCAGCUGCUAAGCUUCAAGCUUUGCUGCAGAGUGCGGGCAGUGAAUUUAAUGAUCCACCCGGUAGUAGUUAAAGUUAAGAUAUUUUUAAUUGUUCAAGGAAGUAUAUAUUUUGAGUAAUUAUUACAUUUAGUUAUAAAAAUGAGUUUAAAGAAGAUCAGUAGGAAAUCGUCAAAUAAGAUCAUUAUUAAUGCCUACAAAUAGCCAAUGUAUUAUUUUCAAUAGAAUUCAUUUAUCAUCCGAAACAGUUUUUUUUCAUUAAGCGUAAAAAAAUAAAAAAUCCCUUUCAUUGAUAAAUUCAAAAAUAUGAAUUUGUUAAAUUAUUUAAAAUUAGUGAAACUAAUUACAUCAGAAAUUAGGAGCUAGCGCUUAAUUAAAAAUUUCUAUUUCACUUGAUUAAUUAGUUCAAAAAACAAUUUUUUUUUGUAAUCAGAAAAAAUCUUAUAAUUAAAAUGAUAAUAUUGCAUCAGUUUGUUAUAUUUGUCUUAAUAAUAUUAUUAUUAAAGAAUCUCAAUAUUUUAAUACAAACAAAUUUAUACUUAAUUUAAAAAAUUACGUUGCAAAAUAAAACGAAAAACAACACCAGCAAAUUUUUGGUAAAAUAUUAAAGUUUUAUUUAUAAAAAUUUAAAUGAUUUUGAAUUUCAACUGAUCUCCUUUUACACCAGUAUCCCUAUAUAAAAUUGUAUUAUAUUUCAUGAAAAAUUUCC